GGGCCCUCUUGAGCUGGAGCAGAAAAUAAAAAGAUUGUGACACAUCGCUAAAAAUGUUCCCUUUCCCGCAUCCCCCGUGUAAGCUUCAGGGAGUAUUCUAAGCCAACCAGUUUACCGACAAGGAGAUCAGACUGGAGUAACGUUUCAUUUGUGGUACAGAGGGCUUCUGCUGAAACAUCAAGCUCACCAAGGAAAAAACCAUGUCACACAUUGUGUGGCAAGCGGAUGAAGAUGUUAGCGAAUGCUGGUUGUGUCACAAGAGAUAUACGUUUUUCUUCCGCAGACACCACUGCCGUAGGUGUGGGAAAGUUGUAUGCGGUGACUGCUCCAGAGGGAGGGUUGUUUACGAAGCUGGUGCUUCUAUAAUAUCAAGUCCCCAUGAUCUCUUUGCAGAGCCUGAGGAUCUACCUCAUAGGACGUGUGAUUUUUGCUUUGAGCUCAUGAUGAGUGAAGGGCUUAUUGCAGGUCACAGCGGUGCUGGAGAGGGGAAUGAUGACAGCGGACAUACAAAUGAAGGUCGUGGAGGUGAAGAAGAAGGAGCAGAACUUGUCCGGGAGUCCACCUUACCGAUGGAGGUGCCAAACCUCACCAGGAGACACAUAAAGGAUAUUUCUGCUCAACAGACCAGCGUUGAGGAAGAUGGUGGUAUAUGUGCUGGUGAUGAUGCCUCAGAGAGAGAUCGAUGCCCAGUAUGCAAUGAGCUAUUAACAGGAAAGAGAGACAGCGAAAGGGAACAGCACAUUAAUGACUGUCUCACUAGAGCGGAAUUUUUGGGGUCCCCUGACCAGCACCGGGUUAGCAACAGAAUGCUCGUGUACUACGUCCCUUUCCCUGCGAACAAUAAAGCCGUUGUAAUGUCGUGCUCAGAUGCAACGAAUGGCUCGUCCAUAGUCUCACCAAGGGAAGCACCAAUCACUGAUGAGAAGCUACCACAUGCUCAGGAAUGUGUCAUUUGUCUUGAAGAGCUGGAACCCGGUGAUAAAGUUGGUCGAUUGGAAUGCCUUUGCGUGUUUCACUACAAGUGUAUUAAGGCAUGGUUUAAGAGGAAGGGCCCAGGUGAGUGUCCUAUACAUGCUGUACACGCUUAAUGUCGAUGCUCGAGCUCUGGUAAGUUACGGUUUGGUUUGUAUGUUUUUUUUUCUUUUCCCAUUUUGAAUUUGCUUUUAAUGAGAUGUAUUUGCUGCUCUGCUGUACCAAUGUUGAGAUGUUUGGGGUUUAUAUGGGGGUAU